AUGAUUGUUGCUACUUUUCACACUGUGGCAAGAACUCGCUUAACUCAAAUUCGGAAGCAAGCUAGAUGUAAAUACCUGCUAUUGGAUCAAAAGAGUGUUGACGGUAGCCGCUGCAAACAUUCACAAGGAAAAUUAAUCCGCCUGAAACAAAUAAAGCAUCAAGCUCGGUGUGACAGUAAGAAUAAUUUGUCACAAAAAGAAAUGAUAUCUGAACCUGAAAAUGAACAACCAAAAAGUAGAAUGCUUCGGUUGAGCCAGAUGAAACAUCAAGCUCGGUCCAAAGGCAAUUCAACGGUGACAGAUGGGACUAACAAGGGUAUGGAUCAGAGUCUGCCUUGCAACAGCUUUAAAGAUAAAGAAAAAGUGGUUGCAGGGCAAGCUGUGAAGAAAAAUAUCUGUCAAGGGGAUUCCGAUCCUGCUGUAGAAGGUCUGCCUGAACAUAACUUAUACAGAGGAACCAGUCUACCAUCUGAUGUUUGGUGGGAUGUUAAAAAUCUUAAGGAACUUCAACGUACUGCAAGGAGAUUAAGGGCAUUCAAGACUAAAAAACUCAGACAACAAUUAAGGACAGAGAGUAAAAGAAAUCUUUCUAUUGCAAGAUUGCAUGCGAUGAGGACAAGCCUGACUGAGUUAACAAUAGCAAACUCAGAAGCACAAAAGCAAUUUGUACCAAUGAAAAGACUACGCUUAACUCAAUUGAGACGUGAAGCUCGUUUAGUGAAUCACUUUCCUGCUACGCAAGGAUUGCCAGGAAACUAG